AUGACGUCUCCGUGGGCAAAAAUUGAUCAACCUCAUCCAGUAAGCCUGGAAGAAAUUAUAUCUGAAGAAGUCGCCAAGAAAUUGCAAGGCAAAGAAGAUAAAAGACCGAAACAAAAGACUAAGAAAGACUUUAAAACUUCCGUAAAAUUACCAUUUAUUGCAAACACCAUCUCCGAUAACAUUUGUGAUACGGAUGAAGCUAUGGCAACAAGACAGCAGCAGUAUGAUGAACAAUCCACAGAAGAAUUGAAUGGAAUUAAAGAAGUAUUAAAGUUGUUAACUUAAUGUUUUCCUUUUAAUUCUAGAUUUCGUCAGUGACUCAGAUGAAGAAGAAAUUUUAGAUGCUGAUGAAAGAAAAUUCUGGGAUAGAUUUGAAACUUUAGGACCCGAAUUUGAUUUAAAAGCAGAGUGUCCUUACAAAGUACCACAAAACAGACACAUGCUAACAAAAGAUUAUGAUGUGAUGGAUGAAAUUAGAAAUGCCUUUAAGUUGAGAUUAUUUCCAUUUAAAUUUCUUGUUGACCCUAUCAAAUGUUUUCCAGAAAUAAGUACGUAUAGAAUACUUUAUACAAUGAUAGAAACACAAGUUUUGAACCACGUAAAUGGUAUUAUUAAUAUAGGGGAAGAAGCAGUAAUCCUGCAUGGUAAUUUACAUCAGUCUUCAAAAGAGUGUGCUAUAAAAGUAUAUAAAACAAUCUUAUCUGAUUUCAAAGGUUGUAAUAAAUUUCAGAAAUAUGAUCAUAGAUUUAUGAACAGAAAAGGGGGAAAAGUUUCUAAACAGACCAUAAGUCUUUGUGUUGAAAAGGAAACGAAUAAUCUGAUAAGAAUGCAUGAGGCUGGAAUACCUUGCCCAAAAUUAGUGGUUUUUAAUAAACACAUAUUGGUGAUGGAGUUUCUUGGAGAAAACCAAUUAUGUGCUUUAACAUUGAAAUAUGCCAAACUGACAGAUGAUGAAUGGAUAGAGGCUUAUCAACAGGUCAUUGAAAGUAUGAAGACUCUUUACAAUAAGGCCAAUUUGAUACAUGCCGAUCUAACAGAAAAUAAUAUCUUGUGGCAUCAAAACAAAUGCUACUUUAUCGAUGUUAGUGAAUCUAUAGAGAGUAGCCAUGAGGAAGCGUUUGUAUGUUUGUACAGGGAUUGUACCAAUAUUACAAGGUUCUUUUCUGAGAAAGAUGUAACACAUGUCGCUACACCACUUGAGCUGGUUAGUUACAUAACAGGCUUUGAUUUUGGUGAUCACAUUGCUCUUCCUGAUUUAAAAGAGGCUUACAAACUGCAAGUCAACCCACAGGCAGCCAUAAGCCCUGAAUAG